UUUGCACAUUCUCCUACUGUCCUGAGGUGAUGGCCUCUCUUCCUUUAUUCUCCAGAUGCAACUUUCUCUCUCCCACAGCCAAACCAUCGGCUCUGCCAAUUUUCCCCACUUUCUUAUAAUAUGUGCUAUGAAUGCAUGUGCUGAGCUGUGUGGAGAGCCCUGAGCAAUGGACUCACCAAGCACCCCUAGCACCCAUUGCCUCAGAGAGUGCAGGAAGUGUGUGGAAGUCAUGAGUCUUGUAGAUAGCUUCAUAGAAUCCAGCUUAAUUUCCUCUUCCUGGGAGGGUGACUCUGUCCAGGUCCAUGGCAUCCACUUCUGCACCCUUCCUCCAGCUAAAGGUCAUUGGUGCCUGCCUGUUCCUGGUAUGGUCUUUACUUACAUGAACCAUGGGCAUUCUUGUGAGACUCUCCUUCCAUUGUUUGUAAUAUUCUCUGCCCUGAAUACUAUUGCAUGCUGAGUUGCUCUGGCUUCCCACCUCCGUUGUCUUUCAUUAAUACUCAGAAUAUUUAGGUUUUACGCACUUGAACAGUAGAAAGCGCAGGAAGAACACUCUUUUUUUCACAGUAUGAACAUACAGGAUGAUCUCAAAAGAGGCCUUGCUCUGUUGAGUGGCAACUGGGAAAAGUAUGACAUAAGGGCUGUGUUCAGAUCAUACAAGGGACCUGCUCAUUUCCCACAGUGUUUAGUUGCAAGUGCCACUGGCGACAGCUCAUUUCUACCUUUUCUUUCCCAUCUUUGACAUGUUGCUGACUUGUCAUUUCAUCUUUGACUUUCUGACUUUUGUCUACUUCACUUUUGUGGUCUUUUUGCAACACGUGUCCCCCUGCAAGUCUUUCUCUGCAGUAUUCUUCAACAUUGACCUCCACAUGUGUUAUGAGGUGCGUAUAUAUUUAUUUAUAUAAAUAUAUAAACCUAUCCAUUUAUUGAAUUACUAGAAGCCCAGCACACGAAAUCAUGCACGGGUACGGCCCCUAGGCCUAGCCCCGCCGCUGCCAGUCCCCAGUCCAGCCCCUGCCGCUGCCACCCACCCCGGUUCCUCAUUCACCAUCCAGCGAUUAAAGGAACAGCCCUCUCUGCCUCAGGUGCCUUGUGCCAUCAAAAGACACCUGGCCCUUCGCUCCCUUUAAAUAAGUAAAAUAAACGCCCUCUCUCUGUACCUGUCUCUUCUCUCCCUUGUGAAUCCUUCCAUAGCUGGCGUCACCAGCCAAAACCCUAACAAUGACGUGGGAAACUCAACCAGGAAGGGCUAUGCCUGUGGGAGGAGGUGCAGGGAACCAGGGCUGCCCCCUUGCUCCUGCCCCGCCCUCCUACCCUUCAUCCCUGUACUGGCCCAGCGGCCUGGCUCGGCCCCUCCUCCAUUGCAGAACUGCUCAGCUCAAGCUCUGGCCCCGCCCAUCCCACAGGGAGGAGCAUGCGCAGCUUCUUGCAGACAUGGCAGUGGCUGUGGAAUAGGGAGGAGGCGGAUUAUUCCUGAGGAGGGUGUUUCUGCUUUGAAGCUGAUUUCUCCGUCCACCUCCCCGCAGUGAAGGCUGAGGGUCGCUGCAGGCGCUGAAGUCCUUAUUGAAGUCUCCACUCCAUAGCAUCUCACAGUGCCAUCCUGCUGGCCACAAUCCUCACUCCCUCUGUAACCAACAUUCUGCACAACUUACCCAUGUCACCAGCAAACAAGCCCUACUGAAUUCUGUUGGCAAAAGAAUGACUUUGUGAUACCUCUUCUGUUCCAUGUGGCACUUGUCACAUAUGUAUCAUAUUUUGUUUGAGGUCCUCCUUGUUUUUGAACUUGAGCAGCCCAGAACUUCAUAGCUUCAUCUUGUAAAUCCUUCCUGCAAAUCUUUUAUUUUCAUCCAGUUGCAUGAAGCCAAGGAAUAUGAGCAGCACACUUUUGUAAUGGGUCUUCCCCCUGUCGCUACAGUCAACUGAUUUCCUCACCAUUUUUCUCUUUGCAGGUUGUUGGCAUAAAACAGAAGAGGAGGAGGAAUGUUCUGAUGCGAGUGUUUCUGUACAAGUGGAGUCAAAAUUCAUGGCUUCUAAGACAGUGCCACCAACCCUGAAGACCCACCUCUGUAAGCAGUGUUUCUCAGUUUUAAAAGAUAUUCAACUGACUGAGUCACAAGCAGCAUACUUUGAGCAGAAAGCCUUCUUCAGUGACACCUGUGUGAGAAACUUCUGUUCCAAUGCAAACCAUCACCAGCAACAGAGGGAUACCAGUGGAGAGAAGUUCUGGAAAGAAGCUAUGGACAGGGACUUGUUUGUGACCAGGUGCAGCUUCUACUUGUCAGGGGUGCCUUCAACCACUAGGGAGGCUGGGAAAGACUGGCCAGCCAGCUCAGGGUUGUUGCAGCCCCAGGCAUCUCUUAACACUGAGGAGCCUCACAGGGGCAAUGAGAUUUCACAGAAAUUUCACAAUGUAAAAAGUCAUCACCAGUGGAACAAACAUGAAAGUGCUGCAAGCCACAGACAUAAAUUUGUUCAACAUCAGGGUGUCUGCUCCGGUGAAGUGAAAUAUGAGUGUAACAAAUGUGGGAAAGUUUUUAGAUGUAUCAUUAACCUCACUCAACAUCAGCGAGUUCACACUGGAAUUAUGUCCUAUGAGUGUACUGAUUGUGGGAAGCUCUUCCAUCAAAGAUCUUCCCUCACUAAACAUCAUAGAGUUCAUACUGGAGAACAAUCUUUUGAAUUUAGUGAAUGUGGGAAAUCACUUAGGUGCAGUAAUUACCUCUUUAACCAGAAGAGAGUUCACACUGGAGAAAAGACAUAUCAAUGUAGUGAUUGUGGGAAAUCCUUCAGUCAAAACUCUAACCUCAUUCAACACCACAGAGUUCACACCGGAGAAAAGCCAUAUGAGUGCAGUGAUUGUGGGAAAUCCUUCAGUCAGAACUGUUCCCUCAUUAAACACCACAGAGUUCAUACUGGAGAAAAGCCAUAUGAGUGUAGUGAUUGUGGGAAGUCCUUCAGUCUGAUCUCUACCCUCAUUAAACACCACAGAGUUCACACUGGAGAAAAGCCAUAUGAGUGUAGUGAUUGUGGAAAGUCUUUCAGGCAAAUCUUUGCUCUCACUGAGCACCAGAGAAUUCAUAUGGGGGAAAAGCCAUAUCAAUGUAGUGAAUGUGGAAAGUCCUUCAGUCAUAGCUCUAACCUCCUAAAACACCACAGAGUUCACACUGGAGAAAAGCCAUAUGAGUGUAGUGAUUGUGGGAAGUCCUUUAGUCAGAGCUCUGCCCUCAUUAAGCACCACAGAGUUCAUACAGGAGAAAAACCAUAUGUGUGUAGUGAUUGUGGGAAGUCUUUCAUGCAGUUCUGUAGUCUCACUGAGCAUCAGAGAGUUCACACUGGAGAAAAGCCAUAUCAAUGUAGUGAUUGCGGGAAGUCAUUCAGUCAAAGCUCUAACCUCAUUCAACACCACAGAGUUCACACUGGAGAAAAACCCUUUGAGUGUAGUUUAUGUAAGAAAUAUUUUAGCCAGAAACAUAGCCUGAUUAGACAUCUGAGAGUUCACACUGGAGAAAAGGCUUAAAUACCCAGAUCAUAUUUUAUCUUUCUCACUCAGAAUGGCAAUACUGAAGGAGAUACUUUGGGACCCAUUUACUGAAUAUAAGCUCCUUUUUUAGAAAGAUAUACAGGCAGUCCUCAGGUUACGUCAGACUCAAUGUACGUCAUUUCAUGGUUACGUCACCAUCUCCCAUUUACAGUAUUUAUAAAAAAAAAAAGUUCUGUUGUUUUGAUGUAUGUACAUAUGUGCUUUAUGUUUUCUAUUAUUUAUUUACCACAAGUAAAGGUCAAGAAUUGUUAUCUUUUUUUUUUUACUGUUUCACUUAAUUACUGCUGUGUGUGUGCUCCAUGUGAGUGAUGUAGGUACUUAUGUAGGUGGGUACAUCACACUGUAAGAACAGAUCUCCGACAUAACCCAAGGACCUACUGUACUAUGCUAGUUUCCUCAUAAGCUUCAGGUACAACUGAGACUUGAAGGAUCUGCAUUUGUCAACCUGCCCAGACCUAAUAUCCCAUUGAUGUCACUGCGAGUAUUUGUGGCUGAACAAUUUCACCUCUACCACAUGAAAAACGUGCAUCGGUCACAACACCUGUGUGCUUAGGGGACAUGAAUUUUGUGUUCUCACUUGUGCUGGAGGAAAUUAAGAUUUUUCUGAGCUCUUAACAGGACCUUCAUUCUUUUAUCUUUGGCUAGGGAUUGGAACUGACCCAGGGUUCAUCCAGAGCACCCGUCCUUAAUUAAGAAGUGCUGCCUCUGUCAGGGACACUGUGGUUUUUACAUUAUGUUGUGAUGAAUUGUUUCCAUUCUAAUUCACUAGCUUGCAAAUUACUUGCUGUCCUCUGCUCCCAUUUAUGUUUUUGUAAAUGUUUUUUCUUUUUCUUUUGUACCUUUAGUUUGUUGGUUCUAUUCACUGCCUGGGAUGAUUUGAAAGGAAAGUUGUGAUCUGUCAGCGUGGAAAGGUAAAUGGAUAUGUUAGGGUCCCAAACUUUCCGUGCUUUGGAAGGCACAGCAUGACAGAAAAUCACUAUUGUCCAAUAUUGGCUUAUUUUGUAUUGCUUCCCAAGGCUGUAAAAGAAAGUGUACAUGACUUUGUGGUUUUAAUUUGAAAUUAGGUGCCUCUUUUAUUGGUGAGAUCACUGGUCACCCUGAAGAGGAAGCCUUUGUUGUGCUUGUACAAACAAUAUGCAUUAAAGUUUGUAUUACAUAAGUUUCAGCGAUGUUUAGAGAACUAUUCUAUACGUGCUCCAGAAAGGUCAUGUGCCAUUAUGUAUGAAAUUUCAUAGGCUGUUUUCAUUUGUUGUGAAUCUCUGAGGUGGAACUAAUAGGGACAGAAACACUUCUUUUCAUAAUCAUGGAAGAGACUGCAGUUGAACGAGAUGAAAAGUAUCUCUUCUGGACAUUAACCCAUAAUUAUUCCAGGGCCUGUGGCUUGUAUCAUCUUUUAGGACAUUCUGAGGACCUCCGUAACUUUCCUGUAGCUGAAAUCACUGGCACACAAAAAAAUAUAAAGGUGCUAUGAAUUCUGCUGGCCCCUCUAGGGUAUGCACCUCAAGGUUGUUGCUUGACAAGCAAGAACUCAAAGCUAGUGAAAGGAUAUAUAUAUAAUCUAAUAUGCAAAUUGUCCUCUCAGGGAUUUGCACAGGAGACAGGGUAUUCUAUGGCUCGCUAUGACAUGUGCUGACCAUCAGGGCAGUGUGGAAGGAAGGAAGGCCCCAUCCGGCAGCCAGAAGGCCCCGAUUGGCUCUGAUUGCCGGCCAGGCCUAGGGAUUUUACCCGUGCAUGAAUUUCAUGCCCUGGGCCUCUAGUAAUCCUAUAAUCAGUUCCAAGGUAUGUCUUUUGUAAGCAGUCAGCAUUCCUGUUGAUUCCCAUGGCAAGAGUCUUCACUGCUUGCCAAUAUUUGCUGCCACUGAGGCAAGGCUGUUUCUCCCAGGAAAUAAGAAUUGACAUGCAACGAAGUGUACUUUUCUGAUGUGUACUAUUUGGUGAGCCUUGAAAUAGAAAUAAAAUCGUGAAACUGUUAAAUGUGAAAUAAAUUCACCUGUACCUCAUACACAGGAUGGGGCAAAAAUAGGCUUACAGUUGAAAGUACUGCAAACAGAGAGAUUAUUCUUUUUUAAAAAUAAUUUAGAAAAUACUUUUAUUCAUUUUGGGGGUGGGGGGAGAAAGGGUAAGAGAGAGGUAAACAUAAAUCUGCUGUCUCCUGCAGGCCCCCUACUGGGGACCCAUUUGGGAUGUGCACAGACCUGGAAUCAAACCAGAGACCUUUCAGUGACUGGGAUGACACCCAACCAGCUGAGGACACUGGCCGGGGAAAAGUUUAUUCUUGUAUCAUCAUUUAUUAAUUAUUGUAUUAUUUUCCAUACCAACAACUCUAAGCCUACUUUUGCCACAUCCUGUAUUUUCCUCCAGCCCUUUUAUAAUCUCUUUUUUGUGCCUUUCUCAGUGCUCCAUGCAGUCAUUGAUUUCCCUUCCUUUAGAAUAGAAUAGUUCAUAUUGUUCAUAGUUUUAUAGGCACUGUUUGGUGUAUAUUGUUUAACAAAUACUGGUUUCCUCCAUUCUACACAAUUAUUUUGAGAUUCAACAGUAAUGCUUAUGUGAAUACUAGUACUUGAUUUUUUUUUAUUGCUGAGUACUAUUGGAUCUAUUGAUCUGUGAUUUUGGUUAUUUCAAGGUUUUAUAAAUAAAUCUGCUGGGAAUAUUUGUG